AAACUUUUUUAUUUGUGGUGUUCACGUGAUUGUCGUUUUCCAUUGCAAGACACAAUGAAUCAAUGAUGCUGAACAACAGUAGUACCAAUGCUCGACGAGGAUGUAGCCCAAAGAACUGCAACUUUGCGCCAGUUACAUUAUUUCUUACAGAUUAUGCCGUCUUCCGCUAAUACUCAUACAAUGCUGCAUGGCAAGAAGAUGAUUAACUAUGACACUCCUAGAAGGGAAUCAGGAGAUCUUUAUGCAUUUUUCGAUGAAAGGUUGUUGAAGAAAAAGGCGAAAGAGCUUGCCCCAUGCUUAAGUAGCUGCUGUAUAUUUCUGACUGGAAUGAUGGGAUGCGGAAAAACAACCGUCGGCAAGGUUUUGUCGGAAGCUCUUGGUUAUGCUUUUGUAGAUAGUGACACCUAUGUAGAACAAGCUGCUGGAGAAAUCUCAGUGGCUCAAAUAUUUCAGCAGUAUGGUGAGAGUGUCUUCAGAGACAAUGAGAGUAAGGCGUUGCAAGAGUUGUCUUCAAAGUCUCAGCAAGUUGUUGCUACAGGCGGCGGUGCAGUAGUUCAUCCAAUCAAUUGGGAAUACAUGAGGAAAGGGAUCACUGUCUUUUUAGAUGUACCUCUGGAUGCCCUUGCAAGGAGAAUUGCUGCUGUAGGAACUGAUUCUCGUCCUCUUUUGGACUUCGAUUCCGGGGAUCCCUACACAAAGGCUUUGAUGAGAUUGUCUACUCUUCUGGAAAAGCGAGUAGAGAAGUAUUCCAGAGCUAAUGUUACUGUUUCGCUUUCAAAGCUUGCUGAUGAUUUGGAAGAGGAUGUCUCCCAUCUCACGCCAACCAUAAUAGCAAUUGAGGUGCUUGAACAAAUCGAGAAGUAUUUAAGAGGCAAAAAGAAGCCGUUCAACUCACAUUUUUCCUCUCGAUCUGCCUGAAUUUUGUUCGUUUUAAUUUGUCCGUUGUUUACUACAGAGGUGUUGAUGAAAUUCUCCUGUAAGACAGUGAGAGCUAAUAUCCACUGGCAGUUAGUUGCUUUGGGUUUGCAGUUCGGAUAA